CGGUGAACAGCUGAACAAAGUGUAACAGAAAUCCUGAGCAGUCAUGAGUAUCAGACAUGUUACCAGGAGACCAUUUACCUGUGGACGAGAUGGAGGAACAGAGCAACCUGACUAAAGGUAGUGCGUCUUUAAAAUCAGCACGGGAAAUCCUUUCAGCACGUGACCCUGUUAGCAGAGGAAAUACCAUCCCCACUGACCUCAUCAGCACCCAGCCUCCGCCUGCUGCAGCCCCACCAGCGGAGACCCUGCAGGAGGCAGCAGGAUUUAAGAAGCCUCAGUGUGACCUCCAGAAGCCCACCUGCCCGCGAUGUGGCCUCACAGUCUCAGAUCACAGACUCCCCCCUCUCUCACCGGACCUGAGCCGACUGCAGGGCUCCAGCUUGUCUGUGCACAGCAGCAGCAGCAGCAGCAAGAAGAGCAGGACCAGAAGCAGGACCAGGAGCAGGGGCAGUGUGGCUGGUUCACACCAACAUACUGCCACACCUGCUGACUCCUGUUUACAGCUGUUGCUGGCGUGCCUGUCGUGCCAGGGCUCCGUGCUGCUCCUGGGUCUGUUGGAGGCCUGUUCCUCUUGCCUCCACACCCUCUGCUCCUCCUGCUGCCAUGCGUGCAGCCGCUGCUGUUCGGCCAUCCAGGACGCGCCUGUGGAGGAGCUCAACUGCCAUGCCCACUGCCACUCGGUGCUGUUCGAGUCUUGUUGUGAGCCAACUGAGUGUCUCGAGUUUUGUCUGGAGUGCUGCGAGAUCUGCCAUCGUAGCUAGGAGGCAGCCGGACCACUACGCCUGAGGACUAAAAAGGCAUGUGACAAGACUUAAAAAAAACAGACAUUAAAACCACGGAGGGAUUCAUUAGCACUACAAUGACAUUUCUUGUGACUUAUUGACCUUGUUGUGACCCUCAGAGUUGUGAACAGCACAAACAGCAGCAAAACUCACCAAAACUUUGUGACCACCAAUGUAUCUACGAAUUAUUCUUACACCAAAUACUGCUAAAAUAAUUUUUAUUGACUUCAUCCCACACGAUCACUUUCCAAAGAGGGAAGAUUCAACUUUAGUGCUUCUCGCUCUUCUUCAAUAAAGGGGAUUCAAUGUACCUUGAAGUACCUUAAAGAGCAUUCAUAUUUUUUUUUUUCUAUCUAAGAAUUAGAUGAGAAUUUUGAUACCAUGGAGCUGGAGCCAAGAGACAAUUAGCUAGCUUGGCAUUUAAAGCCUAUAAACAACCAACACCUCUACAAAAUUGUAUUUUAAGAGGGAGUUACGUGCUGUUGCUCAUUGCCUGGCAACCUCACCUAGAGUUAUGUGCCGUUACUCCACUUAAAACCUCAAAUAGUCUAAACGUUAAAAGUUAAUUAGUGAGCUUUAGGGGUGCUGGUGGGCACAUUUCUUGAAAUUGUACAGGGCCAGGCUAGCUGUUUCCCCACACUUCCAGUCUUUAUGCUAAGCUGAGCUAAUCACCCCCAUACAAAGAGAAUGUUGGGAAAUACACUUAUUGGCUUUUUUGCCGAGAAGGCCAAUUCCACUCUUGUUUCUGUCUGAUAAAUGUGAAGCUACUGCAAAGAGACAAUUAACUUUUCUUAGCAAAAAGGCUGUACAACGGCUGGCUUUGUCCAAAAGUAGAAAAUCUACCUACCAGCACCUCUAAAGCUGCCAAUUAAACAUUAUAGCUAGUUGUUUAAUUAGACCAAGAACCAAAAAGUUGUGGUUUCAAUGAGGGUUAUUUGUUGGACUUUUUCUUGGCGUGGAGCAUUGUUUUCCUGGAGUCUUAUCAUAACUAUGAGGUUACCAGGCCAGCUGUUUCCAGUCUUCAUGCUAAGGAAAGCUAACUGCCUUGUGGCUCCAACUCUGUAACGCACAGUUAUGAUAGCAUUGUCAGUCUUCAUGUCUAACUCUCUGCAAUAAAGUAAAUUCAUGUAUUUCCCAAA